UGCAAGCGACGACGAGCUUCGCUGGUAGUCCGCCGCCAGAUACUCAUCUAUCCACAAUGUAUCGAAGCUUGCCAGGCGCAUCCUCGUCGCAACCGAGCACGACGUCAUCUAUCUCGAACAUAGCUUCUACACUCACCUCCUCAUUGACCACGGCAUCUCUAUGGAGCCGCCUGCAUCCUCCGGAUUCGACACCAUAGGCGCGACGCAGUCGCAGAGCUCCGGUAUCCUGUCGAGUGUCGGCGGCCCAACUAGUGCCACAGCGCGGUCUCAUCCUUCGGCGCUGGCAGCGGGCGCAAUCGCGGGGGGAUUGCUGUACUAGCCGUCAUCCUGAUGCUUGUAUGGACUCAUAAUGUAUAGACCCCGGACUGACAGCGCUGGCCUCCGAGUCGUCGGAUAAGCCAUCCUUGGAUACGAUAAC